UAUAUAACAAAUUUAAUUACAACAAAAAAAUAUAAUCACGUGAGGCAUAAUUCAGGCCGAAAUACUAGUUUAGAGAGUAUAAAGACGGGUAAUGAGAAUCAAUCCAACAUUUCCUAGGUAUCCCUCGCUUUCAUCCAACCUGUUCAUCUUUAAGAGCGUCUCUUUCUUUCAACAGUCCUUUGUGGUGCUACCUUUGACGCCGAUUCCUGACUUUCUCUCUUCUACCAUCGGAAACUUAAAUCCGGCGAAAUUUCCGCCAUUUUCGCCAUCCUUGUACACUAGAAGACCCCAUUGUGCUAUUGUAAAGAAAAAUGGAGGAUGAAGUAGAGCAACAAAGUCAACCUGUAGGUGAAGAUGGAAAGAAUGAUAUUGUUACUGAGAAGGCAGCAUUUACUCACGAGGAGCCACAUCAAGGUGGUAAUACCCCCCCAAAAUCGGACGCUGAAGUUGAGGUUCUUCACGAGAAAGUUACCAAGCAAAUUAUUAAGGAAGGUCAUGGUGAAAAACCAUCCAAAUAUUCCACAUGCUUUGUGCAUUACAGGGCGUGGACUGAGAGCACGCAACACAAGUUUGAAGACACAUGGCUGGAGCAACGGCCAGUAGAGCUAGUUCUGGGCAAAGAGAAGAAAGAGAUGGAAGGCUUAAGAAUUGGUAUUUCAAGCAUGAAGUCUGGAGAACGUGCCCUUAUACAUGUUGGUUGGGAACUAGGCUAUGGAAAAGAAGGAAGCUUCUCCUUUCCAAAUGUUCCACCCAUGGCAGAUAUUAUUUAUGAAGCUGAACUCAUUGGUUUUGAUGAAACCAAAGAAGGUAAAUCACGCAGUGACAUGACAGUUGAGGAAAGGAUUGGUGCUGCAGAUCGCAGAAGGAUGGAUGGCAAUGCUUUAUAUGUGGAAGAUAAACCGGAGGAAGCCAUACAACAGUAUGAAAUGGCAAUAGCAUAUAUGGGAGAUGAUUUCAUGUUCCAGCUUUUUGGAAAGUACCAUGAUAUGGCUUUGGCUGUCAAGAAUCCUUGUCAUCUCAACAUGGCUGCAUGUUUUAUUAAGCUCAAGCAAUAUGAGGAUGCCAUUAUGCAAUGUGGCAUUGUUUUAGCUGAGGAUGGAAACAAUGUGAAGGCUCUGUAUAGACGAGGAAAAGCAAGAGCAGAACUUGGGCAAACAGAAGCAGCAAGAGAAGAUCUUCUUAAGGCUCGCAAAUAUGCUCCUACUGACAAAGCAAUUGUGAGGGAGUUGCAGUUGCUUGCUGAACAUGAGAAGGUUGUCUAUCAGAAGCAGAAAGAGAUGUACAAAGGCAUACUAGGACCAAGACCUGAACCCAAGCCCCAGAAAACCAAUUGGUUAGCUUUCUUUUUUCAAUGGUUAGUCUCGUUUUUCUAUAGGAUUUUUAAUCGCAAAACACAGAAAAAUGAAUAAUUUAAUAUAUGGCUCCCAAAAAUGGUCUGUAGCUAGACCUGAAUCAAGCCAGAAUGGUUUUCCAGCUGUUAAAGUAAUUGUAUAUCUAAAUACUAAUUACUUUGUAUGUUAUGGAGUAUUUUUGAAACUUGAAUUGCUGUUCCAUGUAUCAGCUACCAUUGUUGAAUGAAGCUUGUUUGGUUAAACAGUCAA